AAAAUAGAUAAAAAAUAAAUAACGAAAGAGAAAAUAAAUAAAACAAUAACAUAGAAAAUAGAUAAAUAACAAUAAAUAAAUAAAUAGAUAAAUAAAAAAUAAAAAUAAAAUAAUAAAAAAUGAACACAAUCGACUUUGAGGAAAUCGAGGUGCCCGACACCCCCCCCCUGCCCAAGUCCAAGGGGGGGUACCACCCUCCUGACUCCCCCCCCUCUACUCCCACUUCUCCCUACCCCCCCUCCCCGGGCGACGAAAGAGGAGGAGGAGGAAAAGGAGGAAAAGGAGGAACUGGAGGGAGUGAUAAAAGUGUGGAUAGGGGAAAAGCCGAUAAAAGUGUGGAUAGGGGAAAGGCCGAUAAAAGUGUGGAUAGGGAAAAGGCCGAUAAAGGAGGGAGCAAGAGAAGAGGCAAUAUCCAAAUCAAGAAACAAUGUAGUAAAAUUUUCCGGUUCAAGACCAAGAUCCUCCAAAACCUAGGCAAGGCGGACAAAACGACCGACGAAGUUUUCGACGAGUAUGAAGCCAACUUCGCCAGACAACAGAGUAACGCCAAUCGGUUGCACAAGGAGGUGUCUAACUACCUGAGAUGUUGCAGAGCACUCCACGGAGCGAGUAAGUCCCUCUUCGAGACGCUGGGCGAAGUGUACGAGCCGGAGUGGGUGGGACACGACCUACUUUACGCCCAGAGUCAGAACUCCGACAUGCUAUGGACCGAUUUCUGCCACAAACUCCAGGAUCAGACACUCACGCCCCUCACCGCCUACCAGAUGCAGUUCCCGGAGAUCAGGAAACGCAUCGACAAGCGCGGCCGAAAGCUCGUCGACUACGACAGCCAACGCCACCAGUUGGAGAACCUGCAGAGGGCCACGCGACGCGACGAGUACAAGAUCGCGCGGGCCAGGGACACGCUGGAAAACGCGAGGGUGACUUACGAAGGGCUGAAUAAGGUGGCCAAGGAGCUCGACGCCAUUGUGGAGAAACUGAGCAAGGAAUGCGCCAAAGGCACCUAUAAGACGAAGAGGGUUGCUGCCCCCAGACCCCUGUCCAUGGCCGUCGACUCCCCCCCGUCCCACCACCAGAAAAGCCCGGGCUCGCCAUCGAUGUGGUACGAUGGAGAAGUGGAAAGAGAGGACGAGGAGGAGGAACAGCUCGCCGGGGAGAAGAACCGGACGAACUCGAAGGGCGAGAGCGCUUUCGGCGAGGACGCGAAGGAAGCCGACUUCCCUCCUUCUCCUUCAUCUCCUUCCUCCAAUCCUAAUUCUCCGUCCCCUCUCUCCCCCCCCGUUCCCCCUCCUCCUGCCGUCGCCGCGUCGAUGUCGUCCUCCAACUCCUCCUCGUCUCCCGCUGUCUUGCCCCUGUCGAACGAGGUUUCGUCCUCGACUGGAUUACCUCCUUACGUGCCUUCUCCUUCCUCGGGAUUGAGCGUCGAAGGAGGAGGAGGAGGAGGAGGAGGAGGACUAGGAGGAGGGGAAGAAGGGGAGGAGGAGGAAGGGGGAAACGGAGGAGAAAAUGAAACCUCUCCUCCGACCCCACACCGGAAGGAAGAGACCCUCGGCAGACCCUACGAGGAGAUCGAGUUCGAGGAGAAGAAACUCAACGGAUCGGUCAGCCCGCCCAGGACCAAUGGGGACUUCAUCGGCACCAAGAUCCCGGCAGCCUCCUUUUCCGGGGAAGGAGGAGGAGGAGGAGGAGGAGGAGGCGCUGAUCACCCUCCCCCCCACACCCCCUCACCCCCCUCGGAACCUGUGGCGGCGCCGACGGAGUCUCACUCGGAACAGAUUUACGAUAUCCCCGUUGGAGCCACGACGGACAACCUCCCCCCGGGCGUGCUGUACCGCGUGAGGGCCACGUACAAGUACACGCGCGAGGACGUGGACGAAAUCAGCUUCGAAGUCGGCGACGUGAUCCAGGUGGUUGAGUACGACGACCCUGAGGAGCAGGAAGAAGGCUGGCUGUGCGGCGUCAAAGAGACCACUUUAGAGAAAGGUCUCUUCCCGGCGAACUUCACCCGUCCUAUCUAAGCAGGAGGAGGAGGAGGAGGAUGGAGGAUGGAGGAAGAAGAGGAUGAUGGAGGAAGAUGGAGGAGGAUGAUGGAAGAGGAGGAUAAGAAGAAGGAAAGAGGAG